AUGUUUUAUGAAGAGCACGACUCCAAGGGCUCAUUACUAUCUUCAUCCAAACUGGGGUCUCCAAGAAACUUUAAGCGAUAUUUCGCAUUUGGAAUUCUUCUAAGUGUGCUAGUAUGGGGAAGUUCAUUUUUACUUAUCACAAUCCAGAGUUUUGGAAACAGUUUUUACAUCCAGUCACUCCAGUCUUUACAAUCACAACAGGUUUCUUUCAAAGGAUUACUGCAUGACGAAGGGAUUGAUACUGUUCAAUAUGCUAGGCCCUCGCUCAAGUCACCAGAUUUGGGAGGGAAGUUGUCAUUCACAAAAAAGGUUUUUGACGAACACGUAUUAGAUGCCAAGUUGCAUAGCAUCCAAUGGAUACAGACUCCAGAGUCAUUAUAUGAUGAUCAAGGGACAUAUGUCAUCAAUGAAGGGAACGAUGACCAAGGAGAACUCAACAUUGUAGUCAAAUCGUUGGCUAAUGAAAGCUAUUCCUACUCAUUAAUUGACCAUUCAACGUUUAAAUACAAAGAAAUCGAGUAUACUAUUUCAGAUUACGUUGCAUCGCCAGACCUUCAAAAAGUUAUAUUAAAGACCAAUAGCUCUAGCUCCUGGCGACACUCUUCUUUGGCCUUAUAUUGGGUCUUGGAUGUUAAAAAAAAAGAAAUAAACCCCUUACAUAGCAACAUUCAAGACAAGUUAUCCACAGUGUCAUGGUCUCCAGACUCUACCCACGUUGCUUAUAUAUACAACAACAACAUAUUUUUGAAAGACACUGAACUUGACAAAACGAUACAAGUUACCAAAGACGGAUCGACUGAAGUGUUUAAUGGAAAACCAGAUUGGGUUUAUGAAGAGGAAGUGUUUGGAACAGAUAUUGUUUUAUGGUGGUCUGCAGAUGGGUCAAAGUUUGCAUUUUUAAAGUCCAACAACACUGAUGUUCCAGAAUUCACCAUACCAUUUUAUGCUCAAAAGAAUCACACAGACUACCCCGAGUUGGUCAACAUUAAAUACCCCAAGGCAGGCUACCCAAAUCCUUUGGUUAGUGUACUCACAUACGACGUAAAAAAGGGCAAAGUAUCAAACCACUUACUCGAAACGUCAACUAUCGAUCCUUUGAAUAGAUUAAUAACGGAAGUUGUUUGGGUUGGAGACGAGCUCUUGGUUAAGACUUCAAAUAGAGCCAGCGAUUUGUUGGAAAUAUUCUUAAUCGGGCAAGAUGAAAGCGGUGUAAAAUUGGUGCGAACUCAUGAGGCAAAAGAUUCAUGGUUUGAGAUCACCUCGCAUACAUUAUACGUACCGCAGAACAAGACAGCGGGACGUCAACAAGAUGGAUAUAUUGACACAGUUGUUGUUGAUGGUUACAAUCAUUUAGCAUAUUUUUCACCCCCUAGUAGUUCUCAAUAUGAAUUGUUGACAAGUGGGAACUGGGAAGUUGUUGGAGGCGUAGCAGCAUUUGACUAUACUAGAAACAAUGUUUACUUUAUAAGCACAAUCAAAUCUUCAAUUGAGCGUCAUAUCCACUCUGUUAAUUUAUUAGACAGAUCAAAUGACGGGCUCCCUUUUAUCAAGGAUAUCACUGCAAAAGAAGGCUAUUAUAGCUCUUCUUUCUCCUCGGGUGGAAGGUUCCUCUUGUUGUCCGACUUGGGUCCCGGAGUGCCAACGCAAAGGAUCAAUGAUUUGAAAUUGGGUAAGAAUGUUAAAGAGAUUGAGGAUAACCAAGAGCUUGCUCAAAGGUUACGUGAUUAUGCUUUACCAGAAGUGAAAUUUGAUACUGUUGAAUUGACUGAUGAGCAAGGCGAAAAAUUUCUCAUCAAUUCUGUCGAAACUUUACCACCAAAUUUUGACGAGAAUAAGAAAUAUCCUGUCUUGUUCUUCAUUUAUGGAGGUCCCGGCUCUCAGCAAGUAACCAAACGCUGGUCGUUAUCAUUUAGCACUGUAGUCGCUGCUGAAUUGGACUCAGUGGUUGUUACAGUUGAUGGGCGUGGUACAGGUUUUAACAACUUGAACUAUAAAUUGGGCCAAAAAUUUAAAUUUAUUGUGCGUGACAAAUUGGGUAAAUACGAGCCAGUUGAUGUUAUAAACUCAGCCAAAAUCUGGGCGAAGAAAUCAUAUGUUGAUCCAGACAGAAUCGCUGUUUGGGGCUGGUCAUAUGGUGGGUUCUUAACUUUAAAGACCCUUGAAACUGAUUAUGAGGACUCCGUUUUUAAUUAUGGUGUUGCAAUUGCACCAGUUACUAGAUGGAGAUUAUAUGAUUCUAUCUACACGGAGAGAUAUUUGAGGACACCUCAAGAGAAUCCAGAAGGGUACUUGACCGGAUCCAUCAAUAAUGUAACAAACUUUGAGCAUGUGAAGAAGUUUUUUAUUGGUCAUGGUUCUGGUGACGACAAUGUCCAUGUUCAACAUACACUACAGCUAUUAGACGAGUUCAACCUUGCAGAGAUUGAGAAUUUUGAGUUUAUGAUAUUCCCUGACAGCAAUCACGGAAUGAGUUAUCAUAAUGGAAAUAAAGUCGUUUUCGAUAGAAUAUUGGAUUUUUUCAGAAGAGCAUUUGAUGGUGAAUUUGUAUAG